AUGUCAGACACCGAAGGCGAUAGCCUCCCCCCUUCGCUUCCAACGCCUCAUGGGGCAUUGGCUAAAUCAUAUUCAUAUCAUGCUGCGAAACCUACAAUAUCCGGACGCUAUGUACUUGGCGUAGACGAAGCAGGACGUGGUCCUGUCCUUGGUCCGCUUGUUUAUGGCAUCGCGUACUGCCCAUUAGAAUAUAUGGAAACGCUCAAAACGAUGGGAUUCGCAGACUCUAAGGUACUGAACCAUAGCACCCGCGCCACCCUUCUCGAAACACUGGCAUCUGAUCCCAACAACUUGGCCUGGUCUGUGCGCGUUCUCGCCCCCCAAGAUAUCUCAUCGGGCAUGCUACGUCAUCCUCCCAUUAAUCUUAACGAGCAAUCGAAAGAAGCUACCGUAUCGCUGAUUCGAGACGUGAUAGCAAGUGGUAUAGACAUCGCUGAAAUCUACGUCGAUGCGUUAGGCCCGAGUGGCCCAUAUCAACAAUACUUAUCUAAGCUCUUCCCUGCAGCCAAAGUAACCGUUUGCCCCAAGGCCGACGCUAUAUACCCCAUUGUCAGUGCUGCGAGUAUCGCUGCCAAGGUGACAAGAGAUGCAUGGAUAGAAAAUUGGGUAUUUACCGAACCGGGGGAUUGGGAUACAGCGUUAGGGAGUGGCUAUCCUUCCGACCCUAAUACUAAAGCAUGGCUGAAGACAGUUUGCGAGCCUACGUUCGGCUUUCCGAACAUUGUUAGAUUCAGCUGGGGAACUUCGAAAACUGCGCUGGAAAACAACGGACACGCCGUCACAUGGACGGACGAAAACCAAGCAUCUCUUGUCAAGGCAUUUGGAAGUGCCAUGGGGCUUGACAAGGGACGACCUGCUUUUGCCAGAGACCUAGCAAUACACAGCAUAUCUUCUUUGUAA